AAUAGUUAAAUCUUUCCUUUAUUGAGCCAGCAAAUUUACGCCCAGCAUCCUCUUUCUCUCUCCAUCUGGGUUUUUAACUUUCUUUAAUUGGGAGCCUUUUGCUUUCUUUUAUCGAACUUCAAGCUUCCAAAUUCAGAACCAAAUACCAGUUUCUUUAUAAGGAAGAAGAUAAUAUAGUGAAGAAGAAUGGCAAGGGAGAAGAUCAAGAUCAAGAAGAUUGACAACUUGACUGCAAGGCAAGUGACUUUUUCUAAGAGAAGAAGAGGGCUUUUCAAGAAAGCUGAAGAGCUUUCAGUUCUUUGUGAUGCUGAGGUUGCUCUCAUCAUUUUCUCGGCAACUGGGAAACUAUUUGAAUUCGCUAGCUCCAGCAUGAAAGAUACUUUGGGAAGAUAUAAUUUGCACUCCAGCAAUAUCAACAAAUUGGGCCAACCUUCUCUUGAUCUCCAGCUGGAGAACAAUAACAACAUACGAUUGAGCACGGAAAUAGUUGACAAGACCCACCAAUUAAGGCAGAUGAGAGGGGAAGAUCUUCAAGGACUGAACAUUGAGGAAUUGCAGCAACUAGAGGGGAUGCUUGAAUCUGGACUUAAAUGCGUUUUGGAAACCAAGAGCAAUCGGAUUAGGAACGAGAUCUCUUCACUUGAAACUAAGGGAGCGAGGUUGUUGGAAGAGAACAAGCAACUUAAAGAGAAAAUGGCAACAUUGUACAAGAGAAAAAGAGAUUCAGAUGUUGUUGGGGAAGAAGGUGUGUCAUCAGAAUCUGUUACAAAUGUUUGCAGUUGCAGCAGUAGCUGCCCUCCAUUAGAGGAUGAUAGCUCUGAUACUUCUCUUAGAUUAGGGCUUCCUUUCACUUAGCCAAAGCAAAUGAGAAGAGAUGAAGUAUAUUGAAUAAACAGUUGGCCUUUGUAAGAUUAUUCAUAUUAUUAUAUAUGUAAGGUGGAAUUUUAACCCAAGUUAUGUUUAUUUGUGAAAUAAAUGUACCCGAAGAAAGAUUAAAAUGAGAUGUUUGUAAAUUUAGGGUUUAUUGAUUUUAGUGUAUGUGUAUUGUAUUAAGGGAAAAUAAGUCAAAUAUACAGACGAAAUGUGGAGAAAAGUUAUUUAUUUAUUUUUUU